AUUCACCAAUUCAAUAAGCUUAGAGAGAGAGAGAGAGAGAGAGAGAGAGGGGAUAAUUGAAAGUUUUAAAAGUAGUCCAAAAAUGGAAGGUGAAAAGGAAAGGAUUAAAAUGGCAAGUGAUAAGUACAGGAAAUUCCUGCAUGAAGAACAAGCUGCUACUGCAGGAAGCAUCCAUUGGAGACAUGGUGGCCCUCCCAUUUAUGACGCUGUUAAUCAUCUCUUUGAACAAGGAAGAACCAAGGUAUGGGCAGAAGGGUCUCUGGAAGAAACAGUUCAAAAUGCUAUAAAAUCAUGGGAAAUGGAGCUUUCUCACAAGACUCGCGUUAAGGACUUUAGGACCAUUAACCCUGAAAAAUUCAAACUCUUUGUUAAUGGAAGAGAGGGACUAUCAGCAGAAGAGACACUAAAAGUGGGAAGUUACAAUGCUUUACUAAAGAGUUCAGUGCCAGAGGAAUUCAAAUACUACAAAGCAGAUGAAGAGAGCUUUGAAUCUUCUCACGAUGCUUUUCGAUCAGCUUUUCCAAGAGGAUUCGCGUGGGAAGUGAUAAACGUAUAUACAGGUCCUCCUGUUGUGACUUUCAAAUUCAGACAUUGGGGUUUCUUUGAAGGACCUUUUAAAGGACAUGCCCCUACUCGUGAGAUGGUCCAGUUUUAUGGCGUUGGAAUAAUGAAGGUAGAUGAAUCUCUAAGAGCAGAGGAUGUUGAGAUAUACUAUGAUCCAGCACAACUGUUCGCUGGACUACUUAAGGGACCACCAAUUUCUGAGUCUAACAUUGAGCAACAGGGCAAUAAUGAUAAAACCACCACUCAACACUGCCCAUACCAGAACUAAUUAUGUCUAAUUUCAAUUCCUCUCUGCAUAUUACUAUACAACACUUGGUACUGUCCUUAUUAUCUAAUAAAUUUUAUGCAUAAUUAGCUCUUUCUGUUUUUUUAGGUCAUAUUAUGAUAUGAUGACUGUCUUUUCAUCCUA